UAAACCUCGCGAGAUUUCUCGCUAUAUAAGGCUGCACCGGAAGGCCUUCCUCCUUCCUGCCGUCAGAGCCGCCAUGGACACGAGCCGCGUGCAGCCCAUCAAGUUGGCCAGGGUCACCAAGGUGCUGGGCCGGACCGGCUCCCAGGGGCAGUGCACGCAGGUCCGUGUGGAGUUCAUGGACGACACGAGCCGCUCCAUCAUCCGCAACGUGAAGGGGCCGGUGCGGGAGGGCGACGUGCUCACCCUGCUCGAGUCGGAGCGCGAGGCCCGACGGCUGCGAUGAGCAACGCGACGGAACCGGCUGCACCGCCCCGAUAACGAGAGGAUGGGGGCGAUGGGGGCAGGUAGAGCGGCCUGGGACAGCGCGGAUGGACGGACAGCAGCGGGAAUGGAGAGCAGCGAGGAGCUGCAGCCGCACAAUAAAGGAUUUUUCCAGUA